UAACGAGAAAAGCAGGAAACCUAAAAAUUGUUGGGAGACUCACUGGUUGGAACUAAGUGUUUUGCUCAAUGAAAAACAAAACAAAACUAAAAACUGUUGGUUAAAAUUUGUUCUAUUUAUAAUAAUGGAAGAAAUAGAAACACUACGUAAUUCGUUAAUGGAAUAUGAAGCACAGCUUCAGACUGUCAUAUCAGCCUUAGCAACUGCCAGUAAGGACCAAAUAUCUGACUUGGAAGAGUUGAAAGCCAACUUGGAAGAAGUAAUACAUUUGACCAAAGAAAGUCUGUGUUCAGCAGAAAAUAAAUUAAUUCAACAAGCCACUGAUGAAAAAUUUGAAUCUUAUAAUCCCAACACAGAAGGUAUGUGUUCAUCUGUGAAUAAAUUAAUUCAACAAACCACUGAUGAAAAAAGUGAAUCAUGUAAUCCAAAUGCAGAUGGUCUAACUGAAAUGGAUGCCGAAUUUGCACGUUUUCAGGCAGAAAUGGCUUCUUUAGAUGAAGGAUUUUCCUUCUCAACUACUGACCUACAGAAACCUAAAAAUGAAACUAGAAUCAGCAGUUCAGAUCAGGAUAAUGAUGAAGAUAUCAUGGUUAUGUUGUCAUCUCUCCCAGGCACCAAAUGUCGAGCUCCGUUUAGCCGAGAGUGGGGUGAACUCUCAUAUCAUAAUGCAAUAGUUCUUUCAUACCAUGUGGAACAGAAAACUUCUCCAGAAACUCCUGAGGAUAUAAAGGUCAGUGUAAUGUUUUGUAACCCAAUCUGCAAUGCCAUGAAGCCCUGUUCAUUUUAUCUUGAAGGAAAGUGUAAGUUUUCUGAUGAAAAUUGCAGGUACUCACAUGGAGAGCGCAUAAAGCUGCCUGAACUGCGAGAGUUUCUAGAUCCUGACUACAGUGUGUUACAAAGAGAUGCUCCAUGUUUGGCACGGUAUUCUGAUGGUCUGUGGUAUAGAGCAAGGGUAGAGGAUGUCUUGGAUGACCACAAGUAUAUGGUGAAGUACAUUCACUAUAAUGAAACGGAAGUUGUAGAUAUUGAAGAGCUGAUCCCAGAAGCUCAAGGAGAAGACAGGGAAUCUGACGAGUUACAGCCCUCUGAUAGCAUCUCAUCAUCUAAUUUAUUGUCAUCAUCAGAUGAUGAUGAGGAGGAGGAAGUACCAACAGUCGUGUGGAUGUCAUCAGAAACAAACAGAACUGGAUUGGGACUAUGGGAGAAACAUAACCAGGGACUGUGGGAGAAACAUACCAGGGGAAUUGGUUCUCAAUUAAUGGCCAAAAUGGGCUACGUAUGGGGUCAAGGUCUUGGUAAAGCAGGAGAAGGUAGAAUUGAACCAGUAGAGGCAGUUGUUUUACCUCAAGGAAAGUCCCUAGAUAAAUGUAUGGAACUUCGAGAAACAAUAUCAAGCGGGAACAAGGAGAAGAAGCUUCAGAAGCAGAAAAAAAGGAUGGAAUAUCAGAUUUGUCAGGGUUACAACCAUCCUAGGAAAAAGAAAUCAGUUUUUGAUUUCAUAAACAACAAAAUUGGAAGUCCCAGAGGAAACUUCAAAGUUCUUCAAAAAGAAUCUACAAACUUGAAGUCUUCUUCUUCAAAAAGGCUAAAUGUUGAGUCUGUGAAAGUCAGUGAAGAACUUCGAAAAGCUGAAAAAGAAAUUAAACAUCUUCAGGGAUCAAUAGCACGAAACAUGAACAGGGACAAAGUUGUACAUUGUCAGCUUCAACAAAAACUUGCCUAUCAACAUCACCAUAUCAAGUACCUAUUAACCCAGGAAAAGGCAAUACAGCAAGAGCAGAAAACAAGAAAAGACCACCAUAAAUUAUCAUGUUUUUGAAAAUAACUGACGAACUGUAGAUAAGAGCUUGUGACCAUUGUUUAUAGAAUAAAGGCUAUCCAGCAUGUA